CGGACGGCAACAGCAACAACAACAACAAAAAAAGACAAGGAGGGAAGAUUUUCUUCUUUUCAACAAAAAAAAAGAUGCAGUUUGCACACACACACACGAGAAAAUGAAGGAUCGGUGCGAGAGGAUAAGAAACGGAACAGGACUGCAUUAAAGUGAUCUGGAAGAGAGAGAGGGGGGAAGAGAGAGAGAUUUAAAUGUAUUAACGUGCAUUGGAUCGAUGCGCGUUCCCACAUGAGCCGCGUUUAACAUACAUCAGCACCAUCGCAUUUCUGUUACAGCAGCAUCAUCUCCGACCAUCGAGGAGAGUCACCGCAAAAAAAAAAAACAAGCGGCUAGAUCCGAAGCUAACAAGCAAGCAAAACAAAAAAAAAAUGCAUGGUGUUUUGACAUCCGUGGAAACAUCUAAUUAGCCGGAAAUGCUGUCAACAUUCGCAAUACGCGAUGUAGCUACUGGGCAAAUGACCUGGCUAAACGGACACGUACUUUGAAAAGACCAGAUGAUCGUAUCACAAGGUCUCCGGAUGGAUAAUGAAAUAAUGAAACGGAGGAAAUUUUCCAUCAGCAGUGAAGACUCGGACACCACUGACAGUCACAUAACAUUAUGGUCUCCUGGUUCUAAAUCAGCAACUACAAAGCACCCUUGGGCGAGACAGGAAGAGAAGAAGCCUUCAGAGGUUUUCCGGACGGAUCUGAUCACUGCCAUGAAGUUGCCGGAAUCCUGCCAGCUUACUGCCGACGAGUACUACGUGCUGGCUGAUCCGUGGCGUCAGGAAUGGGAAAAGGGCGUUCAAGUUCCAGCAAACACCAGCUCCAUACCCGAACCAGUAGUGAGAGUUUCACCAGAGUUUGAGAAGACGCACCUGGCUCCCACUGAACAAAUGCUGGCGUCUCUAACUGGCUACGGGCCUUCUGAGUCUGGCCACUUGGACAUGAAGUUCUCCCCAAGAGGCAUGUGUCGCUAUGACUUGGAUGAGGUGGACGUGCACUGGUUGGAACUGGUCAAUGCGGAACUCCAGGAAGCAGGGUUGCUGGAAGUGAACGAGCUGAUGAUGGAGAAGAUCAUCGAGGAGCUGGAAAGCCAGUGCCAGGAGAACAUGAACCAGGCGAUCGCCACAGAGGAGGGUCUGGGGAUCGAAUACGACGAGGACGUGGUGUGCGACGUCUGCCGUUCCCCGGAGGGCGAGGACGGCAACGAGAUGGUCUUCUGUGACAAAUGCAACAUCUGUGUUCACCAGGCUUGCUAUGGAAUUCUGAAGGUGCCCCUUGGCAGUUGGCUGUGUCGCACAUGUGCCCUGGGCGUUCAGCCAAAGUGCUUGCUGUGUCCCAAGAGAGGAGGAGCGUUGAAGCCGACACGCAGCGGCACAAAAUGGGUCCAUGUUAGCUGUGCCUUAUGGAUACCUGAAGUAAGUAUAGGCUGCCCUGAGAAGAUGGAGCCCAUUACCAAGGUGUCCCACAUUCCCGCGAGUCGAUGGGCAUUGGCGUGCAGCCUUUGUACUGAACGGACAGGAACAUGUAUUCAGUGCUCGAUGGCCUCGUGUAUAACAGCAUUCCACGUGACUUGUGCGUUUGACCGCAGUUUGGAAAUGAGGACUAUUCUGGUGCAGAAUGACGAGGUGAAGUUUAAGUCCUACUGCCUGGAGCACAGCAGCACUCCCACCAACUGCCCGGCCAGGCGUGAGAUCCCUGACGGGAUGGAUCAGAGCGAGCGGGACUUGGAGAAAGCCAAGCUGAGGAAGCAGAAGCUGCAGCAGCUGGAAGAGGAGUUCUACGAACUGGUGAAGCCGACAGACGUGGCGCAAGAGCUGCACAUGUCCGGCACGCUGGUCGACUUCUUCUACCAGUACUGGCGGCUCAAGAGGAAGUCCAAUUUCAACAAGCCACUCCUGGCCCCAAAGACCGACGAGGUGGACAACCUGGCCCAACAGGAGCAGGACAUCCUGUACCGGAGGCUGCGGCUCUUCACACACCUCCGCCAGGACCUGGAGAGGGUUAGGAAUCUUUGCUACAUGGUGACGCGGAGAGAGAAAAUGAAGCGGUCAGUCUCCAGGCUCCAAGAACAAAUAUUCCACCAUCAAACUAAACUGAUAGAAGAAAAUCUCUAUCGAGGAUAUUCCGGAAAAAAAAUCAAAGGCAAACUGAGUGAUCGGAAGGAGCGUGGGAAGAGCAGAUCAAAGGGCAGCCAUGAGAGGAAAGGCAAGUUAACAAGUGAAUCGCGAUCCUUGCUCAAGCAGUUCGGUUUGUCGACUUCCAUUUCGUUGGACGGGGAUCUGUUGCAGAAUUGGCUGGCGCAGACGGUCCAGGCCAAGACGGAGAACCUCUUGAGCCACUGGUCGUUCCGCAGCGGCCCGGGGACUGACGAGGCGGAGAGCUACCCGUCGGGUAAACUGACUCAGGACGAGCCGUCGUUGGUGAGCAUCGGACCGGCGAUCCGUGGCGGGGAUCCCGAGCCACGCUCGGCCUUCCCGCCGGAGAAAGACUCCACCAGGCACCAAGCGGUGGAAGACGACAAGUCAAAGCCUUUGAAAGACCGAGGAGGCACGGUCUACGCCAAGUACCAAUGCAAGAUGCCCCUGGACCAGCCGCAAGAUUGCACCUCUUGGCGUGCCAGCCCUGGCGAACGGGGCAUUUGCACAAACGGGCCCAGGGGGCCAGGCUCAAAGGCCAACGGAAGUCACAAAAGGCCCGGCGAGGUGCGGAAGAUCAGCAAAAAACAGGGGCCAUAUCAUUGCAGUGCCAAGGCGGCCCUCGCCAACUCAUCGCCGGUGAGCAACUCCAGCGAAAUUGGCGAAACCUUGGAUUAUUUUGAAUCUGCUUUACCCAAGCCCAGUCCUUCGGUCAAAGUGCCUAAAACGUCGACCAACCCCAAAUCGUGGGUAACGUUCAAGAUUCCGAAGCAGGCGCGGGAGAGCGCGCGGAGGCCGCCGGGCCCGAGGCAGGCCGGGCACGCGGGGGACGGUUGGCAGGCGGUUGCCAGCCCGGAGACAGGCGGGAAGCCCAAAGAGGCCAGGCCGCCGUUGGACGGCGAGGCCGACGGCUACUUCUCCGACGCCGAGAUGAGCGACUCGGACACUGAAUCGUUGGCCCAGCGGUCGCAGCGGCUGCAGCGGCUCAGCUCGGAGAGCAUGGCCGUUCACCACAGGAGCAUCCUGGCCUCCUAGAUCACCCACACCAGACCCAGCCGGGUACAUCCAUGAUGGUCAGACGCCGCUAACCUCCCUCCCCGCCCCGCUCCUCGCAUCUCUUGCACUCAUUUCUGUCGCCACUCUGACCGGCCCAGCCUGACUGGUUUGGAAAUGUAUCGUGGCCACCGGGUCACGGGAACGCCUUUCCUGCUACUCUCCACACCCUGGUAUUCAGUUCCCGUUGACUGCAAACUAUAGAUGCUGGUUUAAAUCGAAGAUAGACACAAAAUGCCGGAGUAACUCGGCGGGACAGGCAGCGUCUCUGGGGAGAAGGGAUGAUCUGAAGAAGGGGCUCGGCCCGAAACGUCGCCCAGAGAUGCUGCCAGUCCGGCUGGGUUACUCCAGCAAUUUGUAUCUAUUCCCCUUGACUUCAAUGCAGCUGAAUAUCGAGGAGAGUGUACGGCCAGCCGAUCAGACUGAGUUCUCCCCCCCGCCUUCCCGCUGUCUUUGCCCGACCGAUUCCAGCCCAGUAUACCUGUGUGUAAUGGACCUUUAACAGGUCUCUCUCAUAAACGGGAUCACAAGUGACUCAACUUCCAAUAAACCAGGAGAAAAUUGUCUUGGUUGCGUCGGAAGGAACUGCAGAAGCUGGUUUAAUCCGAAGAUGGACACACAUAAAGCUGGAGUAACUCGGCGGGCCAGGCAGCAUCUCCGUAGAAAAGGAAACUGUGACGUUUCAGGUAGAAACACUUCCCCAGUCUGAAGAAAGGUCUCGACUCCUUUUCUCCAGAGAUGAUGCCUGACCCGCUGAGCUACUCCAGCGCUUAGUGUCUAUCUUGGGCAGUCAUGGUUACCAAUUGUAAUACAUGGUGUGUAGAUUAUGCCCUGAUGAUCUGAUUCAAGUUGCCAGAGAGUUCGUCAGGUGAUUCCUUUUGUCUUCUGGUUUGAGGUCGUGAUCUUCUGCUCCCCUCCUCCCGUGCCCUCCUGUCGCCGUGGGAGGGAGAGCGUAACAAGACAGCCUUAAUUGCCGAGCGGUGGUGGAGGGGAAUGCACACUAUGUAUUACCAAGCCGAAUGGCCGAAAGUAGGUUUAAAGCAGUGAUCUUUGAAAGAGAUAUUCCGGUCAUUCAUCAAGCCAUCAGUCUCGUAGUUCCAGGCAUUAUAUCUCACCAGCCAGCUGCCACACGUCGCCCCACACAUUGACUGAGUUGAGCGUGGCUUUGAAACUAAGAGCGUCCACAAGGAUGUAAGGGGCUGAAUAAUCACUGCGUUUCACCACUUGCGGCCAUUAAUUGGCUCUGAUUUAUCGGGGUGGAAGGGUAAAGCUGCCUGCGACAUGUGUUGGCAGUCUGAUGGGAAAAACUGUGCAGGUAUGAUCUUAAACCGAAGACUCCCCCAUUUUACGACAGAUAACAUUAACCCCAGUGAACGAGAGAAGUUGGUAUUUUUUCGUUUUUAUUUUUUCUUUGCGUGUGGAUUUUAUCUUGUAUUAGAAAUAAAGCACAAAAUGCACUUUUUUAGAGAAGUCUGGCAUGCUGAUGAAAUUGCUGGCUUCAGAGGCCAUAUAAGAGUUGCCAAGCAAAAGGGGCAUUUCUUGUACUCUAUCGAAACGUACGGAGGUAGCCAGAAGAUAGAAAGGAAAUGUCAACAGUGUCUACAAUAGUGUAGGAAGGAACUGCAGAUGCGAGGCUAAACCGAAGAUAGACACAAAAAGCUGGAGUAACAUAGAAAAUAGGUGCAGGAGUCUGCACCGCCAUUCAAUAUGAUCA